CUUCGCUUAACUUGCCCGUUGUGACCUGCAUCAUUGGCCUGGCCUUCGGUUCAACACCAACAACUCCCCUUCCUUACUAUGCUGUUGCCUCACUUUAUUCCUUUCUUCACCGUCUUUACUUAAUGCGGACGGCCUUCUGGCCGUGUCUGACAGCCUCGAGAUGCCUUGGCUAUAGCAUCGGCCGAUUGACGCCAACGGCACGAACCCUUGGCCGCCAGCAUGUUCAUGCGUCCAGAUAUCUGAGCACCUUCACUUCCACUUCCACUUCCACCUACGCUCCCUCAUGGAGGCUUGAAGAUCUAUCGCGAGGUUCGGAGGAGACGUCUCCAUUGAUCAUAUACCUGACCUCGGACAAUCCGUACCAUAACCUUUCACUCGAACACUAUGUUCUCAGACGGUCGCACCCGAGUUCACGGAUUUUAUUGUUCUACACCAACAGACCAUGUGUUGUCUUUGGACGCAAUCAGAAUCCAUGGCUCGAGACGGACUUGAAGCGGUUGCGCGAUGGGCUUGCGCCGGAACAAGAACAUGAACAAGAAAUGGCGACAGUCGAGACUGGCAGCUCAAUCACAAAUUUCUCGCAGCGCUCUGUGCCGAUUGACCUGGUCCGCCGUCGUAGCGGAGGCGGCACCGUGUUCCAUGACUCUGGGAAUCUGAAUUAUUCCGUGAUCGUGCCGAACUCUCAGUCAUUUGCAUUCAAGCGGAGCACACAUGCCGAAAUGGUCGUGCGGGCUCUCCUGUCUUCGGAAAUGAAACAGGCAUUGAACAGCAUAUCUGAACGCGGUGAGGGUAAUAGGUUGUUUGAUAUCAACAACUUGGACAUCCGCGUCAACGACCGCAACGACAUCGUCAUGCGCCGGAGCAACGCAGAUGGAAAUGGAAACGAACUUCCGUGGCUCAAGAUUAGCGGUAGCGCUUUCAAAUUGACCCGAGGUCGCGCUCUCCAUCAUGGCACAUUACUCUACUCGAGCCCCCACAUCGACAAAAUCUCCGAUCUACUUCGCAGCCCUGGCCGGGAGUAUAUCCGUGCCAAAGGCGUCGAAAGUGUACGCAGCAAGGUCGCCAAUCUGGUUUUCACUCCCGACGCCCACCACAGAGACCAAGUGCGAAAAUCCAUCAUGGAAGCGGUGGUCCGCGAGUUCUGGGACAUGUACGGCGCCGGUCAACCGCGUCAACCGGGUAUGAAUGAAAUCAGUCUCGGAGACGCCGAAGUCUACCAAACUCCCGAAGUCGCUGCCGGCGUUUCUGAGCUUGACUCGGACGCUUGGCGGUUCGGUCAGACUCCUCGCUUCGAUUUUGACAGUGGGGUCCUGGACGGAAUGAGCGUCGGGUUCCAGGCGAAUCAUGGCGUUUUGGAACAUUUGACGCUCCGGGAUGCGAACGGCGGCGCCUUGAUACAUAGGCAAAAACGUCAGAGUGGUACCGAACACGAAGGUGAUGGUCUUGGUCAUCAACCACCUGAUGAGGUUAGACUAAGCGACGUUGCGAGCUGGAGGGAGCUUUUGGCCGUUGAACCGGCACAGCAAGAACUAGGCGAAGAUCAAGAAGGAGAAGACAAAGCAAAAGCCCGAGCGUGCCAGUCCAUGUCGUCUCCGUCGCACCGCAACGCGGAUUCUUCGUCCAGAAAUGUCCGGGUCCCGGAUUCGCUAGUCAGGCGAAUCGAGGCUGUCUUCCCCAGAUGGCGCAGUUUCGAAUGACAGACGUACUGUACGUGUGACUAUAUGUAUGUAUAGGCGUACUGCCAGUGUAGGUCUAGUUAAUACAUACAUGCAUACCUAGCUAAAUGGGUACCUGUAUUACCCUGUUGACUUUUCGCCCCCUCCUCGUUCGAAUCCAUCUUCAUCUUCUACUUGUAAAUUGUAUAGAUAGUAUCCAUUGAUGGCCACAUAUAUACUGUAUGUACAAACAACAACAAG